CCCACUUACUUUUCCUGCCACUACAAAAGCCGCCACCCAUCUUCUCUCUCCCCAUCCAAACAAUUCAAAACCCUUAAACCCUUGUACCAUAUUUCUUGUCAAUUUACAAACAAUAUUUCCUCUAUCCAACAUUAAGCAUGUGUGGCGGUGCUAUCCUAGAAAAUCUCAUACCUCGCCGAGAUGGCCGCCGUGUCACUGCCGCAGACCUCUGGCCUAACUCAACCUUUGCUGCUAAACCCAACAGCAACUUUGAGUCUUUUCCUUCUGCACAUGACUACUCACUCAAACGACCACAGGCUUUCUCUUCAGAAUCUGAUCCAGUUGAUGGGCAAGUGGAAAAGAAACCUAAGAGGCAGAGGAAGAACUUGUACAGAGGAAUAAGGCAACGGCCCUGGGGCAAGUGGGCAGCUGAGAUUCGCGACCCAAGGAAGGGGGUUCGAGUCUGGCUUGGUACCUUCAACACCCCUGAAGAAGCAGCCCGAGCCUACGACAGAGAAGCUCGCAAGAUUCGCGGCAAGAAAGCCAAAGUGAACUUCCCAAACGAAGACGACAGCUUCUCCCUCAACCAAUAUCACCAUAAUCCAAAUCCAUAUCCCAAUCCCCCUCGCUAUGUAUCCCAACCUGGUGAUUUUAAUAAUAAUUUAUCUAAAACCUUUGGUCUGGAGUUUGGUUAUGAUCUGAACCAGAUUCAAGAAUACGGGGUUGGGAUUGCUGACCAGAUUGUUUCUUCUGCUGAGGACAAUUAUGGCUCUGGCUCUACUCCAGGUUCUGGUUCUGAGACUGGCUAUGAUUCAGCAGAGGUUCAAAACGUGAAUGAUUCUCAAGUUAAGGUGAAAGAGGAGGAAAUGCGAAAAGCUCAGGAGGAAGAGAACGAAGUGCAGAAGCUGUCAGAGGAGCUAAUUGCAUACGAAAAUUUCAUGAAGUUCUAUCAGAUUCCCUAUCUCGAUGGCCAAUCACCUAUGCCCAAUAACACAGUCCAGGAAAGUGUUGUUGGUAAUCUCUGGAGCUUUGAUGAUGAAGCCAAUGCUGCUGCCCCUUUGAACUCAACGCCUCUGUAACCUUGCCCCGUUUUCGUUGUCUUCAAUUUUUUUAGUCUUGUAAUAUGUAUUAAUUCCUUGAAAUUGUUCAUUGUGUGUUCUAGUCUUUUGUUUAGAUUGGUGAUUUUAGCCAAGAUUAGAGCUCAUGUUGUUCUGAAGGUUUAACUUUGUGAACUCGUCUACUUAAAUUCGAUAUUUGGUUUUCGCGUUUCUA